AUGUAGGCAUCAAGGCCCCCUACCUACUAGGUACUCCAGAGUCUGUCCAGAGUACUCCAGAGCACUCUAACCGUACCUACUGUAGCACCUAAAGUAGUACUUAGACCACCGAUCUUCCAGGCUCUUUCUUACCUAUUAAUAAGUACCUCUCCAAGCACUUAUACGCAUUCUGUACCCAUCAUCUUCUCUUUGAUUGCUUGGUCCUUUGAGCCAAUUCAUUCACGCCACUACAUCAGACCUUAGAACUUCAUGCGAGCGCAUAGCAACUCAAUCUAGUUCUUAAGCAUUGUGCAUCUCAGUCACCCAUCACCUCGCUAUUUUGAUUUGAACUGGAACUGGAACCGGGAUUGGGAUUUGGAUCCAGGUGCUCGACAAGUCUUUUCUUUCCCUAUUCUACCGCCCGAGACGAGGCGACACGAUGACAUCCCACUCGACAUCCAAUGUGCCUCCAGCACCCCCGAACGCUGCAUCCAGCAUGACGCUCGACAACUACAGAUUCCCAUCCCACCGCUUGCGGCGGCAACAAGAGGAGCCCGACCGCAUUCCGCUGGUGCUCGUCGCCUGCGGCAGUUUCUCGCCCAUCACAUUUCUCCAUCUACGCAUGUUCGAGAUGGCCAACGACUACGCGAGGAUGAACACCAACUUCGAGGUGGUCGGGGGCUACCUCAGCCCCGUAUCAGAUGCCUACAAGAAAGCCGGUCUGGCGCCAUCAGUGCACAGAGUACGCAUGUGUGAACUAGCGGCUGAGGAGACGUCGGACUGGCUCAUGGUUGAUCCGUAUGAGGCUAUACAGCCCGAGUACAGCCCCACGGCUGCCGUGCUGGAUCACUUCGAGCAUGAGAUCAACGGGGUGUUGGGCGGCGUCUUGAGCGCCGACGGUCAGAGCCGGCGACCCGUCAAGAUCAUGCUCUUGGCUGGAGCUGAUCUCAUCAGCACCAUGUCCACGCCCGGCGUCUGGGCUGAAAAGGAUCUAGACCACAUUCUCGGUAGCUUCGGUGCCAUGAUUGUUGAGCGAAGCGGAACCGACAUGGAAGAUGCGCUUGGUAACCUCAAGCCUUGGGAAGACAACAUCUACGUAAUUCAACAAAUGAUACAAAACGAUGUCAGUAGCACUAAGAUCAGGCUGCUUCUUAAGAGGGACUUAAGCAUCACUUAUUUGAUUCCCUCGCCUGUUAUUGCCUACAUAACAGCGAACCGGCUCUAUAUGGACGAGGACACAAAAUCAUCUAAGGAAAAGCAAUCUGCGUCUAAGUGAUGAAUGUCGAUCCCGUAUAUUCGCAUCAUGAUUGUCAGCAGUAAUUACAUGCAUAGCGGUCCUUGUCCAACUGUUACAUAUCCCCCUAACAGAGAGCGGAAACGCGGGAGUUUUUUCGCGUUGCGAUUCCGGGGAAACGGCGCUCAACGGCCAUGUGACCGGAGGCUACAAAACUGAGGGGGCGCUGCUUCGUCAAUCCUUCACCCCUCCACACAUGCGCGCCGCACUAAGCGCACCCCGCUGGAGAAUCUACAUCAAGCCCAGGCGGUUUUAGGGCGAACUUGGCGUGCUCUCAUGGACGAAUAGCACGACGAAUAACGUGCAAGUCUCUCAUAGCGCGGCUCGUAGUAGGAAAAAAGAGCGAGGCGUUUGUCCAGCGAUUUUGG